AUGGUUUUACAAAAGCAUCACAGUGCCCAUUUAAUUUGGGUCGGGCUGCUCGUUUGUGGCUAUGUCGAAGUUGGCACUUGUCUGGAGUUUACAGGUGCACAGGGACAGUGGGCUCGAUUCCCAGUUUGGAAUGCGUGCUGUGAAAGUGAAAUGAGUUUCAACAUGAAAACAAAGAGCUCUCACGGGCUGCUGGUUUACUUCGACGACGAGGGAUUUUGCGACUUUUUGGAACUCCUCAUACUAAACGGGAAACUCAGCCUUAGUUUUUCCAUCUUCUGUGCCGAGCCCGCCUCUGUGAUAUCUGAUACGAUAGUCAACGACAGCCAGUGGCACGCUGUCACAAUAAGGAGAAACUUUAAGAACACAACUCUGAUGGUGGACAAUGAAGUCAAAUGGGUGGAGGUGAAGUCCAAAAGACGGGAUAUGACCGUUUUCAGCUAUUUGUUUGUCAGUGGGAUCCCUCCUGAGUUGCGAUCGGUGGCAUUGCGACUUACAUCUGCUGCUAUCAGGGAUCAGCCGCCUUUCACUGGUUGGAUAACGGACAUAAAGGUCAACAACACAGCAUCUGUCAUGGUGGACAGUGAAGGGGUCGUAAAGGACCUCUGCGGCACGGCUAACAUGUGCUUAAAUGGUGGAGUGUGCAGUUUAAUCAACAACAAACCUACCUGUGACUGUUCUCAGACUGGAUUCCAAGGAACAGAUUGCAGUGAAGAAGAUAAAUAUACUGAAGGUCUGGCACACCUGAUGAUGGGCGACCAAGGUAUGAGCUCUGUUCGGCAGAGUGGGGAAACUUGGCUCCUAAGGUCUCUACUCAGCAUUCAAGGGAAAGAGGAGUAUGUUGCAACCUUCAAAGGAUCUGAGUUCUUCUGUUACGACUUGUCCUUGAACCCAAUUCAAAGCAGCAGCGAUGAAAUCACAUUGUCAUUCAAAACCCUCCAGAGGAAUGGACUGAUGCUGCAUACGGGCAAAUCGGCCGACUACGUCAACCUGUCGCUGAAAAAUGGGGCUGUAUCUCUCGUCAUUAAUUUGGGGUCUGGAGCCUUUGAAGCUCUGGUGGAGCCAGUCAAUGGGAAAUUUAAUGACAAUGAUUGGCAUGAUGUCAAAGUAACAAGGAAUCUACGUCAGCACUCAGGCAUUGGACACGCUAUGGUAAACAAACUACAUUGUUCGGUAACAAUAUCCGUCGAUGGAAUUCUGACAACUACAGGGUAUACACAAGAGGACUACACAAUGCUUGGCUCCGAUGACUUUUUCUACGUUGGAGGGAGUCCUAGCACAGCGGAUUUACCUGGUUCUCCAGUUAGUAACAACUUCAUGGGCUGCCUCAAAGAGGUCGUGUAUAAAAACAAUGAUGUGAGACUUGAGCUGUCAAGGUUGGCCAAGCAGGGAGAUCCCAAAAUGAAAAUCCAUGGUACUGUGGCCUUCAAGUGCGAGAAUGUUGCUACGUUGGACCCGAUCACCUUUGAGACACCUGAUUCUUUCAUCGUCCUCAACAAGUGGAAUGCCAAGAAGACAGGCUCCAUCUCAUUUGACUUUCGUACCACAGAGCCCAAUGGACUUCUCCUCUUCAGCCAUGGCAAGCCCAAACAGCAGCAGAAGGAUUCCAAAAGCCCCCAGAUCCUUAAAGUGGACUUCUUUGCCAUUGAGAUGUUGGAUGGACACCUGUAUCUGCUGCUGGACAUGGGCUCAGGGACUACAAAGACCAAGGCAGUCAACAAGAAGGUCAAUGAUGGCGAAUGGUACCACGUGGACUUCCAACGUGACGGCAGAUCUGGUACCAUUUCUAUCAACACCCUCCGGACUGCCUAUACAGCCCCUGGAGAAAGUGAGAUUCUGGACUUGGAUGAUAAUCUUUACCUCGGGGGCCUGCCAGAGAACAAAAUGGGUCUGGUGUUCCCCACCGAAGUUUGGACAGCUCUGCUUAACUAUGGCUACGUUGGCUGCAUCCGGGAUCUAUUUAUUGAUGGACAAAGUAAAGAUGUGCGGCGCCUGGCUGAAAUUCAGAAGGCUGCCGGAGUCAAGCCCUCGUGUUCUAAAGAGCCUCCCAAACAGUGUUUGAGCAAUCCGUGCCAAAACAACGGCAUCUGCAGAGAAGGUUGGAACCGAUAUGUAUGUGACUGUUCAGGAACUGGAUACCUGGGUCGCUCCUGUGAAAGAGAGGCAACGGUCCUCAGUUACGACGGCAGCAAGUUUAUGAAGGUCCAGCUACCCGUGGUGAUGCAUACAGAAGCUGAAGAUGUUUCCAUGCGCUUCAGAUCCCAGCGAGCCUAUGGCAUCCUCAUCGCCACCACGUCCCGGGAUUCGGCCGACACCCUGCGUCUGGAGCUGGAGAGCGGCCGCGUCCGACUGACAGUCAAUUUAGAUUGUAUCAGGAUAAACUGUACCUCCAGCAAAGGUCCAGAAACUAUUUUUGCGGGUCAAAAUCUGAACGAUAACGAGUGGCACACAGUGCGUGUGUUCAGGAGGGGAAAGAGUUUGACACUGACCGUAGAUGAUCUGACGCCAGUGGAAGGUCAAAUGGCUGGUGACCACACCCAACUGGAGUUCCACAACAUUGAGACGGGCAUUGUGACGGAGAAGCGUUUCAUGUCCAUGGUGCCGUCGAAUUUCAUCGGUCACCUCCAAAGCCUCUCCUUCAAUGGCAUGGCCUACAUAGACCUGUGUAAAAAUGGCGAUAUAGACUACUGUGAGCUGAACGCCAUGAUCGGCUUCAAGAACAUUAUCGCUGAUCCUGUCACCUUCAAGUCCCGGUCCAGCUAUGUGACCCUCACUGCUCUGCAGGCUUACUACUCCAUGCACCUUUUCUUUCAGUUCAAGACCACCUCCUCCGAUGGCCUCAUUCUCUACAACAGUGGGGAUGGGAAUGACUUCAUUGUAGUGGAGCUGGUCAAAGGAUACCUGCAUUAUGUGUCGGACCUGGGAAAUGGAGCCCAUUUGAUUAAAGGAAACUCAAACAAGCCGCUCAAUGAUAACAACUGGCACAGUGUCAUCAUUUCCAGGGAUGCCAAUAACCUCCAUACAGUCAAGAUUGACACCAAAGUUACUACCCAGACCACCACAGGGGCCAAAAACUUGGACUUAAAAGGUAACCUCUAUAUUGGUGGAGUGACCAAAGAGAUGUACAAGGAACUGCCCAAACUGGUACAUGCUAAGGAGGGCUUUCAAGGUUGUUUGGCGUCAGUAGAUCUGAAUGGCCGUCUACCUGACCUGAUGUCAGAUGCGUUGGACUGUGUGGGACAAAUUGAAAGGGGAUGCGAAGUUGCAUUGAUGAAAGCUGAUUUGCAAGGCCCCAGCACCACUUGCCAGGAAGACUCAUGUGCCAACCAGGGUGUGUGUCUUCAGCAGUGGGAGGGCUUUAGCUGUGACUGCAGCAUGACAACCUUUGGUGGACCACUGUGUAACGACGCUGGAACAACGUACAUAUUUGGACGAGAUGGUGGUAUAAUCACAUACACAUGGCCGCCAAACGACCGGCCCAGCACAAGGGCAGACCGGCUAGCCAUUGGCUUCAGCACUCACCUGAAGGAUGCUGUCCUUGUCAGAGUGGACAGUUCCUCUGGUCUUGGAGACUUCUUGAAACUGCACAUCGAAAGAGGAAACAUUGCCGUUGUAUUUAAUGUUGGAACAGACGACAUUAACAUAGAGGAGACAUCAAAGUUUGUAAACGACGGAAAGUACCAUAUAGUGAAGUUUACGAGGAGUGGGGGUAAUGCCACUCUCCAGUUGGAUGAUCUUCCCGUCAUUGAGCGCUACCCUCAAGGCAACAAUGAUAACGAACGCCUGGCGAUUGCUAGACAGCGAAUCCCAUUCCGACUUGGUCGAGUAGUUGACGAAUGGCUACUCGACAAAGGGCGGCAGCUUACAAUCUUCAACAGCCAAACUACUAUACAGAUUGGUGGCUGGGAGAGAGACCGGACUAGGUCCUUUCAGGGCCAACUUUCAGGCCUCUACUAUAAUGGCCUGAAAGUGUUCAACAUGGCAGCAGAGGGGGACCCCAACAUUAAAAUCCAAGGCAGUGCACGGCUUGUAGGGGAGUCGCCUUCCUCUAUCACGCCACAAUCAAGUACUACAGCCAAUCGGUCUGAAACUUCGACAACCAUUAUGGAGCUCACCACCACCACUGCAUCUGGUCGGCGGGUGAAACAGACGACCCCACGAGAACCUCAGCAGACGACGGAAGACAUGCUGGUGGCAUCGGCAGAGUGUCCAAGUGAUGAUGAAGACAUAGAUCCCUGUGAGCCGAGCUCAGGUGGGUUAGCCAAUCCUACAGGUACCGGACCAAAGAGUUUUCCAGACUCCUCCGAGGUCUUCCGUGAGUCAAGCAGCACGACGGGCAUGGUGGUUGGCAUCGUAGCAGCAGCAGCUCUAUGUAUUCUUAUUCUGCUGUACGCCAUGUACAAGUACCGCAAUCGAGAUGAAGGUUCAUACCACGUGGACGAGAGUCGCAACUACAUCAGCAACUCGGCUCAGUCAAAUGGUUCAAUUGUCAAAGAAAAAGCAGUCAACACAACAAAGACCGGCAGCAAGAACAAGAAGAACAAGGAUAAGGAGUACUACGUCUGA